AAGUUGCGUUGGCCAUUCAUCCCCCACUUAUGGAAGUGGGAGUCUUCUGGCUGUUUAGGAUAAAUAUAAUAAAUCUAAUUAUGAAAAAAAAGACUCCCAUUUCUAAAAAAACCCCAACUACUACCCCUAAAAAAACUAAAAAAAUUCCGGCUGUUGAACCUAUUACCCCCAUUGUGCCUGACGAAACCGAAAACAUUACUUCCGAAACUCCUCACCAACUCACACUUAUUAUUGUGGUUUUUUCCACCAUUGUGUAUCCAUGGAUAAAGGAAGAGAGAUUAGAAGAAAACGAGCAAAAAAAACAAGCCGUAGCAUUUUUAGAGAAAAAGUUGAUUGCUCUUAAAAUUCAUUGUGAAAAGUGUGAACAAAUUGUAAACGGGAAAGAAGAAGAGGACUUUAAUGCAUUAGAAAAAUUCUACAAUUACGAGAUUAACAGUGCCAACAACCCCCUUUAUAGUGAGGAACUAAUUAAUUAUUCUCUAAUGUUUGCCAAAAUAAAAGAGGUGGUAGCAAAAGGAAAGGAUGUAUUUGCUACACUUCGCAAAGAUAAUGAAGAUGCAUACCAAAGAGAAGCAAUUGAAGCAUGGCAACCAAAAAUCAAUGCUGCACGAGAAAUAAAAGUAGGAGCAAUUAUGGAAGAAAUCGAAAAACAAGAGAAAGAGUUAAUUGAAAAAGAAGAUGAAGUAAAAGUUAUUGAAAACCGCUUGUCCGGAAGUGAACUUAAACCAGCAAGAGAUAAAUACACAGUGUUUUUUUUCUCCCAAGGAGCAUUAGAAUUAACGGUAAAGGAAGCCAACAAAAAAGUUGAAGAAUUUGAAGAUUAUUUUGCUUCAAAAAAUCCUGAAGAAACUACGGAAGACGAGAAAAAAAUACUCAAAAUUGGAGGCAAAACCCUAACUGAAAUAAUAUCUAUAUCUGACAAAACCAACGACAGCCAAAAGGAUUGGAAAAAGGAUAAUUAUGACACCAAAAUUACGGAAUAUGACACCAAAAUUACGGAAUAUGACACCAAAAUUACGGAACUCAUAAAGAAAAUAACUAGUGAGGAGUGGCAAGAUAAAGGGAUUGCAGAAGCAAAAGACGAGGUCAUUAAGGCUAUUGAGCAAGUAACGGCCGGGGAAGUGGAAAAAAACGAAGAAGGCACACUUGCUAAAAUCGUAAAAUGGUUCAAGCAGCAAAUCGCUGCCCUCAUUUCUGAAAUGUUUGAUAAUUCUUAUGAAAAAGCAGUAGAUAGUUUAAAAAAGAAUAUUCUCGACGAAAUUGACGAACAACAAAAGGAAGACAAAAUAAAGAUUGACCUCACAAAACACUUCAACGAUAAGAAAAUUGGCAGCAUGAAUUUAGACACAAUAAGAGAUACGAGGGAGCAGCAAGGCAAAAGCGAAAGCGAAACAUUGAUAGCAAGCCUUUUUGAGAAAAUUGAUAAUGCUGUUAUAGAAGAGCGACUAAAGCAAUCAGCAAAAGAAAAUGCUACCGCAAAUUUUAUUAAUUUGUUUGCUGAGAAGAAUGACAAUUUUGUUCGCGAGUUUUUCCAAAAAUUCCUGAAAACUGAAAUCCCCGAAAGUGAAACCAAUGUCGAAACAUUUUUAAAGACCAAUGCCCCUAAAAUUUUUGCGAACUUAAAUACUCCUGAGGAAAUUACGAGCAG